GCCGGGGAUGGUUCGCCACGCGCGCGUAUUCUAUGUUUCCUUUCUAUUGUUCGCUACUAAACUGUGGUAGAUGGUCGUUUGGAAGUAUUUUGAGCGGAAAUUUAUUGGAACAUUCCACACAAACAUGGAUUAGUCGCAGAAUGGAUGACACGGAUUAAACUGUUAAGGAGUGAUUAGAAGUUGGAGUUGACGGAAUUUGCCGUCGUGGACUCUCUUGUUGGCAAACUGUGACCAAGACACAUCGCGGAUUCGGGUCAUUCGUGUCGGGCGAAAAGCCGAAGAAUUUUCCUUUUUCCAGCUUCGUUUUCGAUGCAGUCCGUGUGCGUGUGCUGUCUAUCUCUCUGUACUGUCCUGUGGAAUUUUCUUCGUCUUCUGGGAGGUGCCGUCUUUCUAAAGGCCGGAAACUAUCGCUUAACCCUGCCCUAAUCCACUAGUCUAUCUGAUCCUAAGGAAUUCCUCGUUGAACCGGAAAACUGUAGGUAGUGACCUUUCUAAGAUUUCCGGUGUGAAUUCUCUCAAUCCGUCCCUUCGCCGUAGCACGGGUUGAACUUUGAUUCGUGUUUCCCAGCCUUAGCAGCAGUGUAUUGGAUUUUUACGUCUGGCUGGACUGAAACGGUUCGAUACAUACAGUGAACGAUCAAUUUUACCACCCGAUGGUAUUGACGAAAGCAAACCAACAGAAAUCAAGCUGUACAAAGUUUCGGUAUCCGGUUUAAUGGAAAUCUACCCAUCAGCCCAUCCCCCGACAACUUUUCCUAGCGCUUUGUGAUCUGUUCCUCCAGCAUUCUUCAAACGAAUAAAGCGAAAGUGAUUGAACGGUGUUCGCGAGCCGGGAAAAAGUAUCGAGAAGUUGAAAAUCAAAUACUGGGAAAGCAAGCAGUCCAAAUUAGAUUACAGGCAAAGGAAAAUUGUUUCCUCAAGUUUCGAGGGCAAACAACCCGAGGAGAAGAAGAGGGAGCAAAAUAAGAAGAAUCGUGUGAAGAUUGAAUUCUGGUGCGGAAAAUCGUUUCAACAUCCAGAGUCAGAGCCAGAGUCAAAGAAGCACUCAACGGUGGGAAGGAAAAGUUGUAUCGCUCUGUAUCAGCGAAUUGCUUGUUUUCGUUUUUCUCCGAAUUUGGCCAAAUAAGUGUAAAUGUGAGUGAGUGUGUUGUUGAGCUGUUGAAGAAUUUUGGCGAAUUUCUGUGUCAAAGUGUGUCGCUAUUGGCGAAUUUCGUGCUCCCAGAAAGCUUAUAUAUAAGUCGAAAGAGGAAGAAACAAAAAAAAGGAAGCCAAAGUGUGUAUCUCCUCCAGCCAGCCAGCAAAAGAGCUCAAAGUUCAAGGAAAAGCUAUCCCUCCCAUGCGUGUGUUUGUUGAUGUUUAUGCCCGGUCCUUCUGGUGAAGAAGUCAAUUUCGAGCAGAUACAGUGUGGGGUCCGACAGCACCUCGCCAUUCUCCCCCGCACAAUUACGCAUUCGGAACCACGUGGAGCUUUCGUUUUGCUCUCCUCUUCCGGCUCUUCUUUUUUCAUCGCUCUGUGGUGGUAACAACAAAAACAGGAGCUAGCUUGCUUGCGCCACACUUUUCCAGAGGGAAUAUCUGGAGUUAACUGUCUACGGCAAGUCUGCCUCCGCCGCCCCCCUCAGCUCCAGACCAGGAAUAAGGAAACAUCGCGGGAGACGUCAGCGACUGCGUUGUUAACUGCUUCUAAGUGACUGCUGCCGAGAUUGGACUUGUGCUUCUGCUCCGGUGUUCCGGUUUGUCAUCUCGGGACCCACACCGAAUGGCAUGGAGUAUAGUUUUGGAAAGCGUCCCGGAGUUGAAAAAGCGUUCGGGUGAUAAAAACCGGAACCUACGGAACGGCAAAACGACAGCAACAAUUACUCACUAGAGUCGGAGAGUUGUGAAAAUUUCCGGCCAAAGUGUUCCGCGCGCGCUGCUGUCGUAGAGGACAUAAAUUAACGGGCCCGGCCGGCAGCAUCCCGGGGAGGAUAUCAAGCAAAUAAAUAAUCAUCAUUAUUAUCAUAAAAUAUAAAGCACAAACACCACCCACGCUUUGUCUCCUGUCUGGAAAACGGAAACACAUCCGCAUACGCAGCCAAACAUAUAGUUGUCAGUGAAAAAUCGUGAGUGGGGGGAAAUUUUGUGCCAAACAAGUGAAUGCCAAAGGCACUCGGGAAUGGCUCAUUAAGUCAUCAAAAACUAGUGAAUAAUUUACAGCAAAAGCACCGCUGAAAUGAAGCGAUAAAAAUUAAAGAGCAUUUAAUGGAAACACGAGCAAAAGGCAAACACCAUCGACAUCUGAGGAGAACGAUUCUGCUUUUCUUCUCGAUCCUUUGAACUUCAUCUUACGCUACACCAAAAGCCCUUUCCGACGUUCCACACAACCCUUAAAGCAAACUAUUGCACUAUACCAUACGAGUUGAGCUACAAGGUUCAUUCUCCACCCCCCGAAAAACUCUGGAAAUCGGGGACACUUUUCGUCCCAAUUUUCCAUCCCCAUUCCAUCCACCAACCCCGUCUCAAACUACACCAGAUUAAAGUGUUUAUUCAGGAACGUCGUCUAUAAACUCUAUCGUCUAUCUCCAUCAUCGUUCUCUCGCUUUUGCCAAAACUCUGUCAACCGAUCCUUGCAAAUUCCACACGACUUCUCGUCAUUUUGAAGCGUCUUUGGGUGCAGCAACAACCAACAAUACUAGAGAGCAAGCAGUGUUACAACACCCAGAAAAAUAUAAGAGGAAAAUCACUUUCACCUUUACGAAAGUUAUCACAUUUCAUCCCCCUCGAAACGCCUUCUCCCCUGUUUCACCGCGGAAGGUUCCCAGGAUACGAUUAGUGAAAUUGUGUGCAUCGGUUAAAAUCACCGGGUGUAUCUUCCCACAAGUGGGUUAAAUAGUGAAGUUUAGCAGCAAAAAGGCGGCUGAAAUUACAAAGCCUGCAGCCAAUCUAAUCCGGAAAGGAAUAUAAAAAAGUGUUUAGCCCACCGCAUCCGCUGCCUUGGGUCGAUGACGUCAUGAUACCGACGGUUGAUCAACGGAUUUCGAUUCUAUUUUGUUGGUACCUCGUUCUGCAAUGUUUCUUCACGUGCCACAACAUUCCGGGAGCGGCCACGGCUACCAGUGCCAGUGCGGCCAGCGCUUCCGCAGCUGCAGCGGCAGCGGACCAGAGCCUAAGGCUGCUAGAUGACAGCGAGCUUAAGCUGCUCGGCAUUCAGCGAAAUCCACAGCAGCAGCAACUUCCUUCUCGCACAUCUACUCAUCCACACCAGUCCUCGUCGAUGGCCGACAUCGUCCCCCCACAGAUGCCAUUCCACCUAUUCGGCCACCACGGUGGCAACUCUAGGAUAAACAAUAACCGUAAGAUAAAUAUAGUGUCUUAUACAGCGAACCUAGAUAAUAUUUUAAGCAGCCACGAGCAGCAGAGCGAAGACGAGGAGUUGCGGCAACUGAACGACCUGGAUCUGGACCUGCUGGAUCCAUCGGCAGUCGUCGUCGUAGCUGGUGCCAAACGAGAUGGAUCCGGGAGCGGCCAUCAUAAGUUAGUUAAUCAAAUUGUCCAACAUCACAGUACCCAACACAACAACCAUCGGCGCCAUCGGAGAUCCGCUCGAAGAUCGUUGAGGAGCUCGCUGCCGGAAGUUGCGGCCCAUCCUUCCGACUCCACUGUUGUACAUGAAAUUUCCUCCUUCACCUCCUCUCAGCUGAACCAGAGCAGUAGUAGUAAUUACGAAACCAGUGAAUCCGAAAACCACAACCCGGAUCGAAGCGGGACGACGAUGGCUGUGAAGAAUAUCGUUAGGAGUAGUAACAAUAACAAUAACAACAAUGAGCGAAAUACUGUAACGAACUUGACACUUUCAAACUCCGAGCAUUCGUCAUCGGACAAGCGUCGGGCUUUUGAGGGUGACGGUGGCGAAAAAGAGGAAACGAAGCUGAAAAGGCAACAAGAUUCUGCCUCCGGGUCGGAAGAAGCGCCACUGCUCCGUAAGGAAGCCGAACUUUUGGCUGGCGAUGCCACCCAUUCGAGCCAACUCGAGCAGCAGCAUCCGGUCCAAGAAUCUGAAACUAAUACAUCAACCGAGCGGUCCGGGACGGUAACAUCAACAGCAUCAACGGUGCCAACGUCGGCGGCAGCAGCAGGAGCUGCUGGCAAAUCCGUACCAGAUUCCGGCGCUAUCGAGCGAACAAUAACUCCCCGGGAACAUUCGCCACAACAGCAACAACAGCAGACCAGCUACGACAGCGCCAUUAAUGUCGACAGUUUCAAUUUGCUCGACGAUAGCGUUUAUGUCAGAGGCAGCAACGGCAACAAAUCGUCGUCCAGUCGUGCCAACAAACAGGGUGGCCCUCCCUCGGUUUCCUCCGCCCCCGCCGUACCGUCGUCCCGGGAAAACUUAAGCAGCAAUAACAUAUUUGCUAGUGAAAACUUUGACGAGCAAAUUAUUUUCCUCAACGGCGGCGAACUGCUGGAGGCCAACAGCGUCGAGCAAUACGACAUGCGUCAGUUCGGAAAGGUGGAACGGGACGUCAACCUAAUGCGGAAUGUCAACCCGUUCCUUGUGGAUGAGCCCAUCGCACUGCCGCUGCGGCCCAUUAUCCGAGGCCCUCAGGAGGACCACAUCGAGGAUAAUGUGGUCCUGAUCUACGCCGAGCAGCACGAAACCGUUACGUUGGCCUGCGAGGUGGACGCCGACAUCACUUCCAGCGUUUGGCUCAAGGAUGGCCAGAUGGUGCACCUGAUGGAUCAACAGAAGACGCCCCCCCGGACCGAUGAUGUACGGUUUGUGCGGGAAUCGCACGGUGGCAUCACCAUCUCCAACGUCAUGAUGGAGGACGACGGGAUGUGGCAGUGCGAAGCCGAGAACGCCCGGGGCUUCUUCUUCAAUGGGCGGCCCAUUAAGCUGGUGGUUUUGGACCCUCCCAAGGAACCCUAUCUGCUGAUCGACCAUCGGCGCCUAGAUGCAGGCAACAUGUUCAUUCCGGUGAAAGAAAAUUCGGAGCUGACUUUGGCCUGCGUGAGCGAGGGUGGAAAUCCCAAACCGAACCUGAGCUGGGAAGUGUUGCUGAGUCCCGGAAUCGACCGGCAUGCCCAAAAGAUUUCGAACGAUGUGCUGGAGCUGCAGGAGAUUAAGACCGAUAAGGACAAAGAAUCGUACAAAAUCAACACCGGUGCCAUAUCGGAAGUGAAACUUCCGGCAGUAUUCCGUGUCCAUCACAAUGCUCGCAUCCUCUGCGUUAUGGAACAUCCGACUCUCAAAAUGCGCCAAAAUGCUUCGAUUCUGCUCGACGUUCAGUAUACCCCGUCGUUUGCCAUCACCCGGACGCCCGGAUUCGGUUAUCCCCUGAGAGAGGGAAUCGAAGUGUCACUCAAAUGUGACGUCGAUUCCAAUCCUCCGUCGACGCCGGUCUGGCAGAAGGACGACGCCGAUACUCCGGUGCCGCAGACGGGAGAUGGCUUCCUCAACUUUACCUCGAUCCGGCGGGAACAUUCCGGCUGGUACAAGUGCACAUCCCGGCAUCUGAACUUCCAGUACUCCAGCAUCGGGUACUAUCUCAGCAUAAGAUACGAUGCGGUUGACGUCACCUCUGAACCGGUAGAGCAAGAUCUUCCCCUAUCCUCCUCGUCAUCUUCGUCAGCUUCAUCAUCCUCAUCGGCAUCGUCAUCUUCAUCUUCCGCUCCCGGUGGACCUGGAAUGAUCGGUGCCGGACUCCUAAACGGUGCCAACGGAUUCAAGGCUGGCCAGAUGGAGGUGGAACUCGGUGGCUCCGUUACGCUCCAGUGUCCUCAGGGAUCGCUCGGCUGCUGGUCCCACCUGGAUCCGAUAACGGCUCGGCUCAAGGGCCUGGGCGUCGGCAUUUCCACCCCGACCGGUCAGUUCUCGCUCAAGGACGUCGUCUACCAGGACGCCGGGACGUACAAAUGCGUCGGCCAGAGCUCGACCAAUCGCAAAAAGCUGGAAGUGCUGCAGACCGUCUCGAUUGCCGUUAAGGGAGCUCCAACGGUAAUUGCUCGGAACACAACACCGGUGGCCUUUCCGGGAUCGCCGCUGCACCUGUCCGUGGAAUUUUGUGCCAAUCCGCCGGCCUACGCGGCCCGCUGGCUCCACGGCGAUCUGGUCUACACGCCGGGCCGGAAAUAUGGCGACGAUGUGCUGGCCUACGGGUUCAUCGACCUGCCGACGCCGUAUUGCAAGGAGGCACGUCUGACCUACGUGCACAUGCACGAGAAAGUGCCCCGGACAUUCUAUUUCAUCGUUUCAUCGCCAGGUGGCGUCGCGGAAGCGAUCUUCAACGUGAACUUUACGCUCAAGCACAAAGCCAGUGGGCCGUUAGUGUCUUCCUCAUCAUCGUCGUCGUCGUCGUCCUCAUCGGGUGCUGGAGGCGGAACUUCCGGUGGCCUCGGGGGAGGAAGCUUGGGAGGCCCAUUCGGAUCGUUCUCCUCGUCAUCGGCGUCGGCUUCCGGUGGUUCUGGCUACAAAAUCAACACCAACACCAUCAACAAUCUGCCUGGCAAUGGGCUGGACGAGGACGAGGAGCUGAUGGAACCGGAAGAGAUUCAUUUUCCCAUCUUUGGAUCCGGCGCCAGCAGCAGUUGGGCGACAUCGUUCUUCCGUAAGCAUCACUACCACUACUACUAUUCUACUACCACUAAUCCUACUACUUCUACCACUACUAACGCUAUUCAUGCUAUAACUACUAUUGCGAAUACUAUUGCUACCACUACCGCUGUACUUACUCGUUGUUACUCCGUACUCCUAGCAUUGUUGACGUGUUUUAGAUAUGUUUUAUUAAGGUAUUAAUUAAAGCGUAAUUACUCGAGUUUCCCGGCGAAUGUGCGAAAUGUGAACACACUUGUCACAUAGCUAGACGAAUAAGUAUGUGUAUGUGUACGGUAUGUGAGUUUCCAUGCGAAGGCAUGAAUGAGGCAAGAAGCCAGCAACAGCAAGAAAAACCAACAAACAAACUUACACGACGAAACACGACGACUGAUAAGAGCACCCGGCCCUUUCAAUACAUGGCGACCGUGAGAAUAGCUUUCAGAAAGGGGGUCUCGGAAGGCCCACAAGAAGAAGAAAAAGGGUGCAAACACUCCACCAGUGCGAUUCUAAUCCUUUGUGACCACGACGGCGUGUGACAGGUUUGGUAUGUUUGGCUGAAUGAAUGAAACGAAUGUGAGCGGGGGGUUGAGUGUCUGUGUUUGCACUUGUAUGUACUCCCGGUGACAUUCAAACUUGUGUUUAGGCUCUUGUUCCAUUAUUUGUGAUCCUUUUCCCAUCAAGACAGGAGCAGCGGAGGGAGGCGGAUCUCAGCUUUCCUUAACCACGGCUGGUACGAGUGCAAAACUUGCUAGCUGUGAUUCAGUCGGGUUCGCGCGGUUUUGAAUUAUUAAUUUGUCAAUCUCGGAAGGGGCUUGUUCUGUUGCUCCUCUCCGGUGUAUGUAUGUGGUUAAUUAUGGAUUUGGGAAUGUGACUCAAUCUACUCACGUGUUCUUUAAGCGGCACGGAUUUCGGUUUAAAGUGGAAGUGUUUUUGAACUUAAAUUGAGAGCGAAAAAAAGCCUAAUGGCUGUCAUGAUGUUGGCAGUUGUCAAUGGGAAUUUAGCAAAUUCGUAUUAGAAGAUACUGAAAGUUGGAACAGCAAAUAUCUAAUUUAAAUGUUUAAAUCAAUGCUAUUUUAUCUUGAAUUUAUUUUUAAAAUAAAAGUAAAAGUAUUUUUGAUUAAAUCUAAAUGCAAAAUUAAGACUUUCCAAGAGCUCCCACUCAAAAUAAAGGGCAUCUAUUGUAUUUCGAUUGAAGAAAAAAAAACAGAAUAAUUGUUUGAAUUCGGUUUUGAUGAAAACUUGUACAUUGUCUUGACCAAUCGGCCGUUUUAUAACACUAUCUGUGCACUUCUGUUAUAUCCUGAAUCACUUUUUCAUUCUUAAUCAACUUUUUUUUGACAAUGUUACUCAAUAUUUGUAUUUGCUAGAAAUUGAGUACAAUUGAAAUGUUCAAUUUCGUUUGAGAAAAGUAUGUCCGAAAAUAUCUAAAACUGUCCAUAAAUUUUUGAAUUUAGUCAAAGAAAAUGUUCAUGAUAAAUUUUCUUGCCAACAUAUUCUAGAAAAAAAACAAUACAGUAGUUUUUCGGCUUUAUCAUGGUCAAAAAAAUUUCACUGUAAAUAUGGCAAAACCGUGAAUUUAGCGAAACUAAGAAUUUAAGUGGAAAAAACUAUUUUUAUUGUCUUUCAUCGAUAAUUGAUAACAUUUUUAGUAGUGAAAACGUUUUGUUUCAAUAAAUAUUGAUAAUAAGAUGUAGUUAUCAAAGAUAACUAAACAUAAUGGAUCGAUUUUAGUUCAAAUUAUUCUUCUAUAUUACAAUUUAAAGAUUUUUUUCUAAAAAUAAAACCAUGUAGAAUGUCCAUUUGAUAGUCUACAUCUAACUAAAGUGAAUUAUUUAGUUUUUAUGGAAAUUUAACAGUCGUUAUCUAUUAUACGAUCUUUUGGAGUUGGCAACGCUGCUAGUGAGGUGGUGUUUCUCGAGUCGGACUUAAAGGAAAAACAUAAAUUCGACCGUAUGUGAAACAUUAUGAAGUGAUUUGAUAGUGUAAUUAUAUCAGCUGAAAGUCGUGUUAGUUGAAAAUAGUGAAAGUUUUUUGUUCAAAGCGGAGUGAGAAGCAGUAAUCUGUGUAAAUUGCGAUGGCUUCAAAAAAUUUCGGUGUUCCAUUUUCUCUAUGUUCCUUGUGCUUGAACAGACCGAGCUGCCAAAUUUAGUUUCUUCCGUUUUUCUACAAUUUCCAAUUGGAUCAAUACGUUUUGAUUUAAAAUUUCACGAAUACCCCUCGAGUUGACGUUACGAACAACGCAGAAACCGGAACGUAACGCUUCCUUUGAAAACAUCGCGCCGCGGACGGGAAAUGUAAACAAACGCGAACGAAUCGUAAAAAUAACAGCUGAUUGAUAGGGUAGUCUUUUCUUCAUGGAUGCAACGAAAUCAGAAAAGAUAUUCGAAAUAUCCUGCUGAUCUCGAAGCUAAGUAUAACAUUAUGUUUCUUUAUAAUUGAUUAGUUGAUUUUUAGAUGUAGUUAGAAGUGCACAAGGGGGUAUAAGAUUUGCCAUAAAUUCUUGCAGUAAAGCAAAGGUAAAUUUCUUAAUGAUUUAUGAUAACUAAUGGUGUUUGUUGAUCAGUUCUGCAUUUGUCAAAACAAAAAUUUUGGUCGUCACAUUCAUCUUUAUAAUAUAUAUAUAUAUAUUGUAAUCUCAAAUUUAAAACCCGAUUUGAAAAUUUCACAGUUUCGUAGAAGAAAUGUAUCGAACACAGAA